CAAACGUUUAUCAAAAUCGCCUCAUCAACAAUGGCCUCUCUCACUGACACCCAAACUCGCUACCUGGCUCUUGCCUGGCUUUGCUUCGAUGCUGAACCCAAGAUCGACUAUGAGCGCUUCGCCCAGCUCGCUGGCCUCAAGUCCGCACAAUCUGGUCGUGAGAUGCUUCGCGUAACCAAGAAGAAACUCCAGGAGUUCGCUCCCGUCUCCGCCGACGGCACUGUCGCUCCUCCCAACACUCCUGCCACCAAGACCAAGAAGAAGGCAACUCCCAAGACUAAGAGUACCGCCAAGGCCAAGGGAGGUAAGAAGCGUAAGAUCACCAACGACAGCGAUGAGGAGAGCGAUGCUGGCGACGAUACUCCUAUCAAGAAGAAGGCUGUUGUCAAGAAGGAGCCUGUUGAUGAAGACUCUGACACUGGCGCUGGAGCUGGCGCUGAGGUUGACUCUGGAGAUGCCGAAGUCUGAAGCAGUCUUGAAAAUCGAUCGAGCUUGAGAAUGUCUUUAUCCAAGUCAAACUGCAAACGAGAUUGAGCUUAAUGGACGGGAAGAACGAGCAGGGCGCGUAGGGAAGUGCGAAUGAAAAGGGGAAGCAAGUCUGCAGAAUGUACAAAAUCAACACAGAAACGGCU